GAUUAUGCUGUUUUUUGGGUUAUGGGAUUACACAAAAAGGAUAUCGUUAUUGGGAUCCUGUGUCACAAAAACUCCGAGUUUCACGUCAUGUUGUCUUUUGGGAACACACUAUGUUCUCAUCAUUGUCAAACUUCAAAGUGUCAUCCUCUCAUCAACCUCCAUUUUUUACUAAUCCUUCUAUUGAGCUAUUUCCUAGUGAUUCUAAUGCAGGCACAUCUGAUGAGCUCUACAAUGCCUCACCACAUGCUCCAACUAGUUCUGUAGAAGAUGAUCUGCCUACUGGUAAUGCAUUAGAUAAUUUUGAGCCUUCUUCUAGUUCCUCAUCUGUAUCACCUAUUGAUUCUACAAAUGAGCUUGUUGUCCCAUCCUCGAGUCAUCCUACUUGGGUAAGAAACCCUCCCAACUACCUUCCUAUGCAAGAUGAAUUACAAGCUCUUGAGAACAGUCGUACAUGGGAUUUAGUUGAUCUCCCUGCUGAAAAAUCUCUAAUAAGCUGUAAAUGGGUGUACAAGAUCAAAACACGAUCUGAUGGUUCUGGGAAGCGUUAUAAGGCACGCUUGGUUGCCAAGGGUUUUACACAGGAGUAUGGAAUCGACUAUGAGGAGACAUUUGCUCAAGUUGCUCGUUUUACAUCUGUGCGCAGUUUGCUUGCUAUCGCUGCUAUGCGGAGGUGGAAAUUAUUUCAAAUGGAUGUGAAAAAUGCUUUUCUUAAUGGUGACCUAGAAGAAGAAGUUUAUAUGAAACCACCUCCUGGGUUCAACCAUCCUCCAAGCAAGGUAUGCCGAUUGCGUCGUGUAUUAUACGGGUUGAAGCAAUCCCCUCGAGCCUGGUAUGUAAAGUUUAGUACUACUGUGAGUGAGUUUGGUUUUACUUCCAGUCCACAUGAUACAACUUUGUUCAUUCGUAAGACUGCUCAGGGUAUGGUUCUUUUACUUCUUUAUGUUGAUGACAUAAUUAUUACUAGAGAUGAUGUCAUAGGGCUUGAAGUGACCUCUUCAGAUGAUGUCUAUCUGCUUUCUCAAGUAAAGUAUGCCUCCGAUCUUAUUUCUAAAGCUAAACUCAAUGAUGGUAAGAGUGUUUCUACACCUCUUGAACCUAAUGUCAAGCUUACACCUAUGGAUGGCUCUCCACUUUCUGAUCCUACUCGCUAUCGGCAAUUGGCUGGUAGUUUGGUUUAUCUUACUAUGACACGCCCUGAUAUAGAAUAUACAGUUCACAUUGUUAGUCAGUUUAUGGCUGCUCCUCGCUCCACUCAUUAUGCAGCAAUACUUCACAUUAUUCACUAUGUUAAGGGAACAUUAUUUCAUGGACUCCAUUUUUCUACCAACUCCUCCCCUGUGCUUCGUGCUUACUCUGAUGCUGAUUAGGCUAAUGAUCCUUUUGAUCGUAGAUUUACCACUGGUUACUGUCUUUUCCUUGGUAAUUCUCUUAUCUCUUGGCGGAGUGAGAAACAAACUAUUCCAUCUUGCUCUAGUACUGAAGUUGAGUAUAGAGCUCUUGGGGAUACCACAUCAGUUCUUUCAUUGCAGUGGCUUCUUGAAGAUAUGGGCAUUCCUCAACCUUCUUCUACUGAUUUAUAUUGUGAUAAUCAAAGUGCUAUGUAGAUUGCUCAUAAUGAUGUCUUUCAUGAACGCACUAAACACAUUGAGGUUGA